UCUUUUCUUUUCACUCACUCUCCUCUUUAGUCUUUUCUCUUCUUCUUCAAUCGAUUCAAUUGAAUCGACUAACAAAUUAUUUUCGAAUUAGAAUCACAGCUUGAACCCUACGAGAUCUUUGUUUCGAGUACGCGUUUCUUUUUUACCUUCGCUUGUCUGCUCUUCUGUAAUUUUGGAUUCAUUUUUUUGUUUCUACCAGAUUCGAGCUGAUAUAAUCGCAGGAGGAAGAACAAGAGGUUAUUGAGUCGGCUCCUGCUAUCCAACUCGGAGUUUUUAUUUACUUUUGAUCGUAUGCCUGACCGUAAUGGUCUCGGUCCUCACAUCCACUUAUCAGGCCCUAAAUCAUAUAGAAAAAAAUCCAAGAUGAUCUGGAAGAGGAGUUGGGAAGAGAGGUCAGUAUGGGUGAAGUUUUUUUCAAAACACAUACAAAGCCGGAUGGUUCGUAUGUUGAUGGUAAGGCAGAGAAAAUCCAUCAAGCUUAUCAGCAGAAUUUGCAAGAGAAGAUGGCUGAUCUCGAGGCAGAUUCAACUGUUUCAGAUGGUACUUCACACCGUCGGGAGCUCACUACCGAUGAAUGUACUGUCAUCUUUCUUGAGAAACAAUGCACUGAGAGGGAUUCACGUGGAACUCCUUAUGGUGUUGGAAGCCUCAAUGAUACUCUUGGCAAGGGCAAGGGCAAUCAACCAUCAGAAACGGAAGCCUUUCUCACACUACAAGAGCAACUGAAGGAAACCCAGAGCCAGAUUGAAGUUCAGGCUGAAAUCCAGGCGACUCUCAACGCUGAAGCUGCUGCUCGAGAAAAAAUGACUGCUCUCCUUGUGGCUGAGCAGAAGCACGAGAUCAAAGAGUUGACGAUGAUGGCAAAGUUUAUACGCCACACUAAUCCAGCCUACUUGGAGUUUAUAGCCUCUCAAUCUUCCAUGAUCAACUCCACAACCUUUGCAUAUUGUUUCUCAACUCAUGAACUAAGUUCUUGUAUUCAGUUUUUUAUGUGUUAUAAACUUUUUCUUUCUAUGCUUUUCGUUUGAUUUCUAUUUUGGACUUGUGUAUGUUAUGGUUUUA